AUUACUUUUGAUAUUUAUAAUAUUAUAUAGUAUAAUAUACCUAUUUAUAAUAUAAUAGUAAUAUACAAGCUUGUUUUUACUUGCCCAUCCCCAAAGAUUAACUCUUAAAUUAGACUGGAUGAUUUACUUAUUCUGAUUUCCUUUUCUGUUCUGAACCAAGCCAAAUGGCAAAUGGUACCAUACUACCAUGUCAGUUACAGUUGUCAGUCAAAUUUAGUUAUCGGCGAUGAUUUAUUAUUAUAUUUUUUUUAAUUGUAUGUUUGUCACUAUUAGGAUUAUUAUAAUUAUUUUGGUCACGCCAGGAGUUAAUGUUAUAUUGUUGAUGUUUUUGUUUUAUAUUUGUGUUGAACUUAUGGCUAGUGACAAAGACAAAAUAAUUUAUAUUUGUUUUUUGGAUAAUGUAGAGGGAUAAAGUUUUUCACAUAGCUUACUGUUAUUUUGAGAAUUUUGAUUGGACAGCACGUCAGAAAGGUCAAAUUUUAGCCCAGUUAAGACUAGUUUGUCUACGAUUGCCCGUGAUUUUACGUUUCUUGUUCUUUCUAUACCUCACUGUGUGGAAGGAAGUAGUCUCAUUGUGGUCACGUUAUUUUAUUAUACGCUGUAUAAAAUAUUUAUUCAAGUUACAUUAUUAAACUGUUAUUAUAGGUAUGUCAACUCAAAUGUAAUUAUAAAUCUAUUCGAUACCAGUACUUAUAAUAAUUAAAUAACUACAUUUUGAUGUUCCUAGGCUUUUUUAUCGUCUGGUUUAUUUGUUUUUAUUUUCUUUAAGGUAAUUUUAUAUUGUUACACUACUUACGUAAUAUCAGCAAUUUAACAUACAUGAAACAUUUGUAAACUAAGUCACUUUAGAGAUGAACAGCACAAUUUCUGUUACAUGAAUUAAAAUUAAAAAUACCUAAUACAAGUUAAAUUCCAUCCAACACUUGAGGCUUAAUAUUUAUUGUGUCAUCUUCGUUCAUCACUUAAAUUUUUAACAAACUUUCAAUCAGAAAAUCACUGUUAAGUAAUUGGUAUCUAACUUGUUGUUUAUUUCUGUUUUAGAUAGAUUAUUUUUGUAUAAUAUCUAAUUAAUACCGAAAAUGGAUUCAAAACAAGAAAAACAAUAUAUUUUCAAUAUGAAGUUAGCAAGAAUUAUAUGCUUGUAUCAAAUUUUAAUUCCAAAUUCUACUUCAAUUUUUGGUUAUAACAUUUAUCACAUUGUUAUCGUGAUUUUUGGAUCAUUCAUGUUCGCCAUAUCGAUGUUGUUUCCAAUUGGUUUGCUCUAUUUAAGGAAUGAUAUAAUUGCGAUUAUGUACUACAUGGGAUGCAUAAGUAAUUUCCUGUUAUCCAGUUUCAAAAUGGGUAAUAUUCUUUAUCAUGCCAAGGAUAUAUGGAAAUGCAUUGACGUUACAAGCUUUAACUAUAUUUCGUACAAACACUACGAUAGAAAUGUAUUUAAAAACUGGCAAACACGGUCUAUACGAAUUACUUACAUUUACAUUGUAAUAGCGUUAUCCGCUUUUUUCUGUUGGAUUUUUAGUCCAAGUGUUAUGAAUAAAUCUAUUAUUACUAUAAGAAAUAUUGACGGUUCAUACAGCAAAUACCGAAUGAAUAUUUUUAAUAUAUAUUUAAUAGCAUCGCAUGAAACGUAUAACAAAUACUUUUACAUAUUUUAUGCUAUCGAAAUAAUAAUUAGUAUUUGCUAUGUAUAUUUUACUAUAGUAUUUGAUGUUCUCAUGCUUUUGCUAUGUUUUGCAAUAUCUUACCAACUGGAAACAAUUAGUAAUACAAUCAGAUCACUUGGCCACGAAAUAUGUACACGGGAUAAUUUCAGGACACUGCAUGAGAAACACGGCAUAAUAUAUAAUGAUUUAAUAACGAUAAUGACAGACCAUCAAAACGUUCUAAAAAAGUUAAACGAUUUUUAUAACAUAUUUCGGUCAAUAACGCUAACUCAAAUAUUCAUAGCUUCAAGCUCACAUGUAUUUAUUUGGUUUAUUGCUGCAAUGAGUAUUGAUGAAGGUGAUAAUGCAGAUUCAAUUUUGUCAUUUAAGCUAUUCAUUGUACUCCCUCUGAUCAAUUUUCAACUAUUUAUGACUUGUAGUUUAUUUGGAACUAUACAUGAAAAAAAAGAUUCAAUCAUUUUCGCAUUAUAUAGCAGUAAUUGGACUGAUAUGGACUUAAAAAGUAAAAAGAUGAUUCUGUUUAAUUUGACAUUAAAUAAUGCCAACCAGUUAAAAAUGAAGUAUACAAAUACGAAAAUCGUUAACUUGGAAAUGUUUAGUCAUGUAAGUAUAAUAAUAACAACAAAAUAUGCAAUAAAAUAAAAUAAUUUGUCUUAUAUUUGUAUAAUUAUGAAAGGUUGCUAGAAAGUCAA